CUAACCGUGCAUGCGCAGUUCCCGGGAGCGUGCAGCGCAGUGAUUGGCGAGGGGACAUGUACACUGAUCAGCAGUGCCACCUGUCAGUGUCCAUCAAUGCCAGCUGUCAGUGCUCAUCAGUGCCACCUGCCAGUGCCCAUGAGUGCCACAUCAAUGCCACAUAUCACUGCCUACCAGUGCACAUCAAUGCCACAUAUCAGUGCUCAUCUGAGCUGCUUUUCAGUGUCACCUAUCAAUGCCAGUCAGUGCCACCUAUCAGUGCUGCCAAUCAGUGCCAGUCAGUGCCGCCUAUUAGUGCCAGUCAGUGCCGACUAUUAGUGUGCAUCAGUGCCGCCUAUCAGUGCCCAUCAGUGCUGCCUAUC